AUGAAGCCAGAAGAGGAUGAAGAUAUGUUCUCCAGCUUUUUGCUGGAGGACAUAAAACAGAGGCUGCUCCAAGCUUUCCAAGGGCAGAUGACAGGGGUAGCAAUUACUCCUGUGUUGUCUAGACCUGUUGAAGAUACGGGCCGUGGCAGAAGAGCUGUGCCCACUCAGCACCUACACUGGGGCCACAUGGAGAAGGGCAUAGCCUGGCUUCGCAUAGAGUUGCUUGAGAUGAAGUUCCAGAACCGGAAACUUGCCAAAACUCUGCUGGAUUUAAAUAUGGAAAUUCAGAGGCUGAGGAAUGAAAUUGAUAUGCCAGCAGCUCUAGAAUCAAAAGACCUAAGCUUCUUUGGAAAUCCAGACUAA